UAUUUCAUUUCACAGGGGUGGGGCGCUGGGGGCUAGAUCUGGACCUUCUGAAUGUUGCCAGUUCCACAUAAUGUAAAAUUGAAGGAUCUGCAAAAUCUUUUGAUUUAAUACCUUCCAAAAUCCUAGAGACUGAUUUGACUCCUCAUCGUUCUGCUAAUUCUGGAUGCACUACACUGCAGUCUUGGUGUAUUUACAGAUGCUAAAGUGAGGCAACAUUAGCUCUGAUUUGUUGGCUUGGGUGUUCACGAUCGCUUGUAUUUGAUACUUUUUUUUUCCUUUUGGCUUGUCUCUAGGUCUGCCUGUGUGCUUAUGCGCUGUGUUGCCUGCCUCCUCCACCUCCCUCCCCUCUCCCUCUCUUGCUCUCUCUCUCUCUCACACAGACACACUACGCUGCUCUCUUUCCCCUUUUCUUUCUCUCUCAUACCGUGAUAGUCAUUGCCUAUGGUUUUAGAAGGAGGACUCUGUGUCCUGGUUUGCAUUUUCAUGGAGAACAGCCAAGAGUCUUCAUUUCUGUGCUCUCUGCUCACAGUCCUGACUAUCCUGAUAUUGUUUCCUUCAAGGAUUCAUCUUGGAGGAAAGGAGGAUGCGCUAUCUGGGAGUUUUUGGUUCUAAUUAGCCUGUAAAAAUCUGUGCAACAUCAGAAAACAGUUUUCCUACCAUCUUUUCUUGCCUCUCCUCUGGGAAUCAUCAGUGUCCUAGGGAGUGUGUCCGUUUCUAGGAGAGGAGAGGAGAGAGAGCAGGGAACAGGAAGGAGAGCAGUGAGGGGGAUGGAAAGCAGUGCUAAUCAAUACAGAGUGCACGUCAGCGGCUGAGAGAGAAGAGACGGAGAGAGAGAGACUCUCGGCUGCUUGCGCUCUGUCCCUUGUCUCGGCACUCGCUCUCUUGCUACGGCUCAGGCUCUGGAAGGUGAGGGCUUCAAUGAGGAGUGUUAUUUCAGCUACCAGCGCAUUCUAGGACUCAUGGGGAGCUUGCAUUUAUUUAUUUAUUUACUGAUUUUUCCCACUGUCGCGCUGCAGCAGAUUUCUCUCUCUCCCUCUGCUGCUUUUUCUCUCCAUCAGAGUUUGCCUUCCUGCUGCCUUUCUUUGUCAUCCCAUAUCAUUUUUCUUCUUUCUUAGCUUUCUUUGCCUUUCUUUCUUUAUAUCCUUGCAUCUUUUUAGAAUAAUCCAUUUUUCCUCCUGGGAUGUUUCUUAUCACUUCCUCUGCAGUGGAGGGGCCGCCCUCUGAGGGAGAGUGGUCUUAACAGAGCGUAAGCUGUACCUGAGGCUGGAAGAGACAGAACGGGGAAAGAGAGAGAGUCACCUGGAGCACUUUUUCUUUGCUUCAUUAAGCUGAUUUUAAUGUUCUGAUGCAUUAAAUAAUGGCUGUUGUAGUCAUGUGAAAGCCUUUGGGAAUUGCCUUUACAGAUGUUUACAAUUCUGGCAAGAUUGUGUUGUUUUGUUUGAUUGCAGACAAACUACCCUGAUUUUUCUGUCUUUUUAUUUAAUUGGGAGUUGAACCAAGACAAAUUGGCCAAGAAGGACAGCAACACAUUUUUUUCCCUACUGGAUUUUGAAGGCAGACUUAACAGAGACUGAGGAGCUUGUUUUUUUGUUUGUUUGUUUGUUUGUUUGUUUGUUUUUCCAAUAAUUUUUGGCUCUUUGGAAACCUACUGCAAAAGUCUUGAAGGUUUUUUUUUCUUUUUUUGGUGUCCAUCACACCGUUGUUGCUGAGCUGUUUACUUGUCCUGUGGAUAAUGGCUGACAUGGGCUUCCCUUUCUGAGAUGUCUCCUGUGCAGCAGCUAGGACAGAUGGGAGGUGGCAGGGCCUGGUGCGGUACUUCCUGCCCUAAGUUGGAGGUGCUGCUGCUGGGCUGGGAGUGCGGGGGAACAGGCCUGAUGGGCCUAGGCACCUGGUGGAGGUUGGCAUUAUCUCUGGUCCUGCUAGUCUCCUUGCCAGACAGAACAGCCAAUGCUCGCGUGUCUUCCAGUCUGAGCACCACACAUCAUGUCCACCACUUCCAUAACAAGCACGGGACUGUACCCAUCGCCAUCAACAGGAUGCCCUUCCUCACAAGAGGGGGCCACGCUGGGACCACAUAUAUAUUUGGGAAAGGAGGAGCUCUGAUCACAUACACAUGGGCACCAAAUGAGCGACCAAGCACCAGGGCGGACCGGCUGGCUGUGGGCUUUAGCACUCAGUUGAAAGAUGCCAUCCUUGUGCAGGUGGAGAGCACACAGGGCCUGGGAGACUUCCUCCAGCUACACAUAGAGCAAGGAAAAAUAUGUGUCAUCUUCAAUGUGGGCACUGAUGACAUCACCAUAGAUGAGCCAGCAGUCGUCGUGAGUGAUGGCAAGUACCACGUAGUGCGCUUCACACGUAGCGGGGGUAAUGCCACCCUCCAGGUGGACAACCAACCCGUCAUAGAGCGCUAUCCAACAGGCAACUUUGAUAAUGAACGGCUGGCUAUAGCCAGGCAAAGAAUCCCAUACAGACUCGGUCGGGUAGUUGACGAGUGGCUACUCGACAAAGGGCGGCAGUUGACUAUCUUCAACAGCCAGGCAGCCAUUAAGAUCGGAGGCCAAGAUAAAGGCCGGCCAUUCCAGGGUCAAAUCUCAGGCCUGUACUACAACGGACUGCAAGUGCUGAAGCUGGCAGCUGAGGGUGAUCCCAGCAUUAAAGUGGAGGGCAACCUGCGCUUGGUGGGAGAUGCACCAUCAGUAAUGUCCACAGAGACCACCUCGGCCACGCCUCCAGCCGCCAUGGACAUGUCCACCACCAUCAUGGAGACCACCACCACCAUGGCCACCACCACCACUCGAAGACAGCGUUCACCCAGCCUCAAGGACAGCAUAACACAGAACUCUGAUGACCUGUUGGUGGCGUCAGCAGAGUGCCCCAGUGAUGACGAGGACCUGGAGGAGUGUGAGCCUGGCACUGGAGGUGAAUUAGUGUUGCCCAUAAUUACCAUGGACACCCAAGAUCCCCAGUCUGUGGCCCCACAUUACCCUGCGAUUCCCCCUCCCCCUACAUCCCUGAGCCCCCUCCAGACCACCAAAGACUCCCUUGUUUUGUCUGACCCACGGCCGCCAUGCCCUCCAGACCAGGAGGAUUGUGGCGAGCCCUUGGAGGUGUCAGCCUUCGGCUCGGGGGAAAUGACUGAGUCCGAUGAUGAGGACUUCUAUAAAAACUCCCCAAUGGUCACUGAUAGGACAGUGCUGCCUCCUCCCCCUGGCGUGGGCAAAAGUGGAGGCCAAAAGCCUGGUGCCCAUCGCCCUCAUGCUCCCCCUGCCCCCCCUGCCCCGACAACCCACCCUGACCAGCUCCACAUCCCCGCGGGUAAAAUGAACACCCGUGACCAGGUGCUCCUCCCCCCAGCCCCGUCUUCCCGCCUAACUCCAGGACUAACUUACCCACCCGAUUUCCCUCGUGUGCCCACAGCUCGGCCCUCGGCUUCAGUAGAGAGGGGCCUCCCCGGUGCAGUGGAGGUGAUCCGUGAGUCCAGCAGCACCACAGGAAUGGUGGUUGGUAUCGUUGCAGCUGCCGCCCUCUGCAUCCUGAUCCUCCUCUACGCCAUGUACAAGUACCGCAACCGCGACGAGGGCUCCUACCAGGUGGAGCAGAGGCGCAGCUCAGGCAGUGACAGCAACGGCACCGUAGUCAAGGAGAAGACACCGAGCACGACUGCCUCCAUGUCCAAGACCGUCGCAAAGGGAAAGAAAAACAAAGACAAAGAGUAUUAUGUCUGAGAAAGGAGUGAGAGAGAAAGAUAAAGAGAAAGAUGGUGGGUUGAUGGUUUUAGAGUGUAAAUCACCUCCUCUUCAUUCUCAUCCUCAAACAUUUAAGCCUUUUUCAAAAAGUUAUGACACAGUAAGGUAAAUAUGGAGAGAGAGAGAGAGAGAGAGAGAGAGAGAGAGAGAGGUAAGGGAAAGUACUAAUGAUAAAGAAAGUGAAUGGCCAUGUCCUUGGUGUCGUACAUAGCCAUUUUAACCUUCUCUCAUCCCCUUUUGUGCCUCAAGGAGAUCAUCCAUUACAUUCUGGAUGAUGAAAUGCCAUUCAUUCUCUUUGCAAAGAAAAUUGCCAUUUCCAGAGCGCAGGAAUCUUUAAGAGGUUAAUGAAUCACCAUGGAAAGGGAGAGAACUCCCACCACACUAACUCAUCAGCAGUCCUCUCCAGUGUCUGCUGCUUUCUGAAUCCUUUGGCUAAUUUUAAUGUGAAAUCGAUUAUAUCCUGCAAUUUGAACUAUAUAAAAAAUAUAAUUACCUUUGAUGUCAUUAUUCACACUGAGCAGUAAAUACUCUGUGAAGUAUCAGGCAAGCAAAUGUUCCUGUUAAUUCACUUUUUUUCAGAUAUUUAAUUAUGUGCUUGGUAAGAAAAACAGGCCGAGAGCUUUUACAGUCAAUAUUUCUUUGACCACGUUUCCCACAUUAUGGGGUAUUAGAAAAAGUUUCAGAUAUGUGCUGUGUAGUAUUUGGCCAACUUUAAGUGAAAGGAGAGUGUUAAUUAGCUGCAUGUGUUCUUUAAGAAAUCUAUAUAAGAGCCUAACUUGUUGCAUUUUAAAUGUAAUCGUAUAGCCAAGAGGUUAACAUGGAAUUGUGACGUGUUUGACUGCUUACCAUAUUUUUGCCUUACCAUAUUUUCUGAAACCAUCUCAGCCCCAAACAGUUUGCUCUGCAUAAAAUAUUUCGUCAUACCUUUACAUCACUUGUACUAGCAUUAAUGGACCAGGCAAUUUAGUCUUGUAUUUCCCAGGGAUGCAUGGAUACCUUUUUUUUUUCAGACCCAGUACUAUGAGUACAUGUUUUUUUCAUACUCGUCGAUACUAAUACUGAUACCAAAAUGAGUGACCUAAGAUAUAAGAUGUUAUGGCAUUUAAACAAUAUCUUUAAUAGAGAGAGUGUGAGGGCUGCUGACCUGAGUGUGCACAGGAGCAUCAGCAAACUGGACCUUGACUCACAAGCAAAGUACAGAAUGAGUAGUUAUGUCUGACAAGCUAACACGUCUCAGGGCUCAGUGCUCGCAGAACUGAAGUGCUCCUCUUAUGUUGGUUUCUCUUCAUGCUCUCUUCACUGCUCCAUGCUCGCGAAUUAUUGGCACCCUGUUCUCGCUUUUAAUGAUAAUGCACUGCUUGCUCAGGUCAGCCACCCACUGUGAUCUUUAUUAAAGAUACUGUUUAAACAUCAUAAGAUAUUUUG